CAUAGUCUCUACACGGUACGGUACGAAUCUUCGAACAAUUCAGAUCGAGGUCUAGUCUUACUUAGUCUUAGUGAUAAAACUCUGACCAUGUAUCGUGCAGCCUUUUCCUUCAACUCCAAAGACUCAACAUCAUUGAGCUUCAGAGAAGGUGAGGAUUUCACUCUUCUUGAUAAAACAGACCAACACUGGUGGCAUGUUAUGAAUCAUUUGGGCCAGACUGGGUAUGUUCCUGCCAACUAUAUGGAAAAAGGUCAAGCAUCCAAAGAUGAAGUACUCAGAUCCAUUGAGAGAGCAAUUGAAUUCAUUCAUCUGGCUGCUACCGAGAAAGGAGGCUCACUUUCACACCAACAGCGGGAUAAUUUACAGAAGCUUGUUCAACAUCGGCAGUCUAUUCUGCAAGGCAAUUCUGUGUCAUCAGAUAAACAACCCAAAAGAAAAGCCCCAGACCUUCCUAGACAGACUUCUACUGAGCUGCGAAGAGCACCUUCACCUCCUAUACAAAAUAAGUCUCCAACACAACCAGAACAAGCAGCAGGAUUAUCUCGCACUCCUAGGUCAUCAACAAAAACUAGAGCUGCCCCUAAGCCACCCCAAAGGAAUGAAAGUACGAAGCAAAGCCCUCAAGAUCAAACUGACUCACAAGAUUCAAGCCAAACAUUAGCAUCUUCUACACUAAUGUCAUCAACUAAAUCUGACAGGGAAAUGUCAAGUAACAACAGUUCAGGAUCCUCCGAACCUGUCAUACCAAAGGGUCUACUUGGUGAACUCGUAGAGGAGGUCAGAACAGAAACUAAUUUGAGCUAUGACAUGUCAAAACAAGCAGUGAGAAUCAUCUUGCAAGGAGUUGGAUCUGCAGUACCUCAAGUUGCAAAUGUCAUGGCUGCAAUUCUCUCAAGUUUGACUAGUGAUCUUAAUAUGACAAGUUCUAAUAUCAUUAUUGAAGGUAGCAGAGACCAUGAAAGGUUAGAGGUCAUCUUUAAAGAAUUAACAGCUUGUAAAGACGAUGCACAGCAGAGAAGUUGGGCUUUGUAUGAAGAUGAAGAAAUCAUCAGUGAUCACUUGAAAGAACUCAUCACAAUAUUAUGUGACGCAGAUCCACGAGUUUGUAAAGCAGUGGUUAAGAAGGAUCACUUUGAAUACAUACAUAAUCUGGUUUUAUACUAUCAAAUGGAACAACGGUCAUCUAUUCGCAUGCUCUUACUGAAGGUGUUUGGAGCGUUGUGUAACCUUGAUCGUGAGGCUUUAUCUAGUCUUCUAAGUUCAGUCUUGGUAGUGGAACUGGCUAGGGAUAUGAAAACAGAUCAGGAAAACAUCCCUAAACUCUGCUAUUCAGCUCUUGUUGCUACCAUGUUGUUAUCUACUGGAGAACCAAUUCCGUUCAGUCAUUAUGAUCAACUGAAUGCAGACUUUGUAAACUUCAUGUUAGAUUGCAUUGAAAACCCUCCACCUGCAGAUGAACUAGAUCAAGUACCAGACUUGUUUGUUAAUCUCAUUCUUGCCUUUAAUCUCCAUCUCAGAGUUCCUGCUGAUAGUAUUGUAAUGAAAGUGUUAGCUGAAAAGAGGAAUACACGGAGUUUUGGUGAAAGGAUCAUGCUUCUCAUCAAUAGAGGAGUGGAUCCUGUGAAGAUGUUUGAUCAUUGUUCAGACACUCAAGACUCUCUUCUCAAGUUUAUGGCAGACAUGUUUUCAAGUCCUGCAACUUCAGACCUCUUCUAUUCUAAUGAUAUGAAAGUAUUGAUUGAUAUCAUUGUUAGGCAGAUAACAGAUUUGUGUCCAGGUGAUCAAAUGAGAACAGAAUAUUUAUCUCUUAUCUUCAGUAUCUUUACCAAUACUUCAUACUGGGAGGAUCGUCACAGAUUAUCAGAGUUUGAGAGAGCUUUUGCUGCAAUAGCAACAGAAGAGGGAACAGAGAGUGAACAGGACCAACUGAUCAUCAAAGAGAUCCAACAGACCUUUGGCUCAAAGUUCACAAGAAAAUUUUAGAGACCAUACAUCUUCCAUUUCCAUAGCACAAACAGAUUUUUUUUUUUUAGAGGGAAUGAGACAGACAGAAAGCUACUUGUGUGUCAUCAUUAAUCUUGUGGAUCAGUUUAAGAUGUAGGGCUAUGCUGGCAUUACUACCAAACGCAUAUCACAAUUAAAAUCUAUUAAUUAAUUUGGUUGCAGAGAACCAGUGAGAUUAUGUAAUUGUCAUGUUUGUGAUAUGGUUAUAGAAUUAAAUUUAUUGCCUUUCUUAUUCUUGAAUUAUGCUCAUCUCAAACAAGAAUGUUUUUUUAUUUGAGAAAGAAUGUUUCAGGAAGUAUUUGAGUAUUAGUUGAGUUAAUUUAUUUUUUUCUAUGUUUCCAUCAUAUCAUUUGUUGAAGGAAAAUUAGAUAAUUUAUUUUUUGCAUAUUUUUGUAUCAUUGUUUUUCAUGUAAAUUCUGGUUUUGAGAUAUGACAAGUUGCAUUAUUAUAUUUCUAGUAUGCUACCUUCUAAUGUAGCUAGAUAUUUAUUAUAAAUAGACAAACUACCAUAUAGCUUUAUACAAGGCAUGUGAGAUAUGUUAAAUAUGUAAACCAUCCAUUCAUGGUUUAUUGUUGUAUUUUUUAUAUGCCCGUCCUAUGGGACAUAUUAUGGUAUCACGCUCGGUGUCCAGCGAUUAACUUUUCGUUGUAAAUGUGAUAACUUCAAUUUAAAUUAACCUAAGCUCAUAUUAUUUGGUGUGUUUGAUACUAACAUAGAUCCCAAGGAAGCCUAUUGAUUUUGAGGUUAAAAGGUCAAAUGUCAAGAUCAGAGUGACAUGUUUUCAUCUUACCCUUCUGAAGUCCUUGUAAACAAGAUAACUUUAGUUUGACUUAACCUAGCCUCAUAUAAUUUGGUGUUUAUGGUACUAGCAUGGAUCCCAGGAAGCCUAAACAUUUUGAGGUCAAAGGUCACGAUCACAAUGACAUGUUUUCAUCUUACCCUUCUGAAGUCCUUAGAUAACACCACAACUUUAGUUGAACUUAACCUCGGCUCAUAUAAUUUGGUGUGUAUGAUAUUAGCAUAGAUCCCAGAAAUUCUAUUGAUUUUGAGGUCAGAAGGCCAAAGGUGAAGUCGCCACCUUCCACUUUUCUUGGUUGACCAACUACUCAAUUUUCCACCUUACAUGGGGCAUAUUAUGUGCUCGCCUUAGCGACACUCUUGUUUGCAUAUGUCAUGUAUAGUUCUUUUUAAAUUUGAGAUGAUGUUCUUGUGUAUGAAAUAAUCAUGGCAAUAAUUAUGAAAAUCACAUUGACAAUUAUGUCAACAGAAAAUUGAUAAAUGAAAAUAUGUACAAAUUAUAUAUCAUAUUUUGUACUAGAAUUAUAGCCAACUUAUUACCAUGACUAACUUUUCUGUAAUAAGAUAAAUUCCCAGGUGAACUUUGGUGUUCAAAUCUUACUCUUUUUUUUUUGUACAUCCUUUUCAUUUCUGUGUCGAUGUAUAGACGUUCCAUGUACCAUAUUGUUCCUCCCUAUCUAUUGUUAUGCAUCAGUGGAUCUGAGUUGCAAGGAGGAUGCAGAGGGGAUACAGUGGACGUUUAACAGAUGAAAACGGACAUAGAACAUUUGUAGUUCGUAUAUACAUCGUACACGGUGGAAAGUUCAUCCAUUCUGAAAGUUUUGUGCAGCUCGAACUGUUUUGGGGAUGAAAUCAUAUUGGAUGGAUGCUCGAAAGAUAGAGCAUAUGAAACACAUAUGCAUUGGGUACACAACAGAUGCAUAGGGUAUUCCAACGGAUGGCAAGAUUUUUUGUUUUACAUCUGCUUUUCAUCUGCAAGUGCUGUAGGACCGGGCCUUUAUAUGUCUUGAAAUUCAUGUUGACUUUAUGUUGUGCAAUAACAAUGUGUUUUGAAGCAGAUGAAAGAUUAUCUGAGAUCAAUUUAAGCAAUUAAGUAUUGCAUUUACGUUAUGUUUUUUUAAUUUGCCGUUGAUAUUUAUUUUCCGUGAUUCAAUUGGGGAAAUAAUUUGUAUCAUCGAAGUCAGUGACAAAGUUUUUCCCUCAAAAAAGGAUGGUGUUAAGUUCCAAUAUAUGUAAUACCCACUGAAUUAGAUGUAUAUUAUUGAUAUGUUAAGUGUUCAGGAUAUUACAUAAGUGGUUGUCUGGUUCCUUGUAAUUUAAAUUGUGUUAUUCUUCCCUCGAAAAUAUAUGAAAACCUAUGUUGAUCAUCUGGAGAAUUAUCAUAAUCUCAGUAAUUAAAGAGAAAUGAGACAAUAUACCAGAUUUAUGUUUGCUGCUGGUACAAAAUAGGGAUUCAAAGAUGUUAAUGUUGGAGAAAUCUGUUGAAUAAUAAUUGUUUAAAAGGAGUGCAAACACCAUCCAAAGUUGUUCCUAGUGUUAUUCAGACAAUUCUCAUGUAUAUAAAGCUACAAAUUUUACCAAAUUAUUGAAAUAAGUCAUUAUACAAUGCAAGUACAAAUAUUGGCUAGUUUAUAAUUUAAUUUUUGUUUAAUUAGCCAACACAUCAAGCAAAUUAGAAUUGUAACCAGCAUCCGGUUAUAUUUUCAGAGGUUGAAUUAAUACAAAAUAUUUAUAUCAGAUUUGUUGUUAAGUACCAGUAUGUGGGCUUAUCAUUUAUGCCUCAAGCUAUUUAUUGAAAUGGUUUAAUUCCCAAACUUAACAAUGUUUUGAAGAAAACUUUUGUUGAGCAUGUUAUAGAUUGAAGGGAUGAGCAGUGGAAUUACUUUAGCCAACCCAUUAUGAUUUCUCCCAUUUCUCUCUCCAGUCUCAUUCUCUUUCUUGCACACAAUUCCCUCCCUCUCUUUCUCUAAUCCUCUUUCCAGUCUCCUAGUCCUGUUUAUCUAUACUUCACCCCUCCCCCUCUCAUUCUUUCCCUCUCUCACACCCCUAUUUUCAAUUUCUUUACUCCAACCCUUCCCCCUCUUUUUGUUUAUUUUACCCUUUUCCCUCAUGAUGUUCUCCAAAGUUCAUCAAGUUUAUUUCAUUUAGUUAUUUCCAGUUUUUGGUAGAUUUACUUCUCAAAGUUCUUAGUUUUUAUGCAAAUCCAUGCAAGGACCAAAGCUGCUAUCAUUACUUUUAAGCAUGUUGAACUAACUCUGUAUUCUAUGGAAUAUUUCUAGCAUGAGCAGAUGCAAUAUGUAAAGGUGUAUCAACGACUUGUAUUUCAUUAAAUUGAAAACUGGUGCUCUGAAUAAUCCUAUUCAUCGUGGUCCUCAUUUUUCUCUCAUCAUUCACACAUUCAAUUUCAAAUCCACAUUACAUUAAAAUUGUUGGUCAGUACUGCUAUUAAUUUAUUUCACAUUAAGGUCUUGACUGCAAUAAAGGAGAUAGAUAAAUGGACGGACAGACAGACAGAUAGACAGAUAGAGAGAUAAAUUAAGUGAUUCGGUAAAGCUUGCUCAAUUAUCAAAUUUAGUUUUACUUUGCCUGAAAACUAUUACCAACAUUAUACAUAUAUAUAUUUUUGAACAAUAUCUUACAUGAUUGUAAAGUAAAAUAAUAACCAAGUUACAGUACAUUUCUUAUAUUGUUAUUAAUCCUUUUGACAUGUAUCAAAUACCAAUUACACACAAAGUAUAAGCAGUUAUGAGUAAAUUUUAACAGCAAUAUAUUCAUAAAACUAUUAUUUCAACUAAAUGCAAACGGGUUGGUCCUUUCAUGAAGCCAAUGCACAAGAGAAUACACCAGCACGUAACUUUUGCUAAAAUAACCCCAGAACAUUUAGAGAAUUUUUAAAACAGAAACAUAUAUCUGCCUUUUCUUAUCUUUUUAUUAUUUGACUUCCAAAGUUGAAGUGUUUGUGGACCGAUCACCAUUUGAUUGCAGUCUUGAGAAGAAUUUGAUAUAUAUAAUGUUAAAACAUAGAUUCCAACUAAACUGGGUUCAAAAACAAACUAAUCAAACUUUGCAAGGGCACAGCACAAAUUCCACUCAUUCAAAAUGAACAAAUAUUUUUUACACAGGCUAGCUUCAAUAACCUUUACUAAGCACGUGUCAAUAAUUAAGAGAUUGGUUCAAUAACAGAGAGGCUAUAGCCCCUCACAUUAAUUGCUUUCAGAAUCCAAAGUCACAUAAUGAAAAAAGAAAGACAAAUGAAAAUGAGAUGUGGUUAAACAAACUCCCCAGUUUAUCACUAAUAAGAGGGGCUAUAACCUCUGUGUUUGAACCAAUUUCAUAAUUAUAGUAAAGUAAAGAUUAUUGAAGCUAGCCUGUGAAAAAAAAUUUGUUCAUUUUGAAUGAGUGGAAUUUGUGAAAUGCCCUUCUAAAAUUUGAUUAAUUUCUUUUGGAACCCAGUUUAGAUGGUGUGAGCCUAAAUUUUCUUAUCUGUUUUUACAGAUUAUUUUCCUGAACUGAUUUCAUACGACAAAAAUGCUUGCAUAUACACAAAGCCCAAUUUCUGAAUUAUUUUUCCCAGGGUCCACAAUACUUUUGAAAUAUAGUACCGCUGAUUAAAAAAAAGUACGAGUUCACUUUCUAGGAUAUUAAUCCUGAUCAGUGAUCUUUUUCUUAACAAGCCAGGGAUUUUUUGGAGGCAGAACAUGGUGCAUGGAUCUAAAUUUCUCAUAAGUCCAAGCAAGAUAAACUUUUUGACCUUUUCAACAAUAGAAAUCUAAGUCUUGAAGAAAAUAAUUUACAUCAUAUGAAAAUUUAAUAUUUUCACCCUCUUGCAUUUUUACUCUUUUUUCCUUUUUGUUUGUCAGUAAUGGAACCUUUUAGCUCCCAUCUUCCCCUCUGUAUAUCCAUGUAAGUGAUGAGACACUUAAGAUAACCUUCUUGUAUAGAAGAGAAAAUAAUUGUACUUGGAUAAAGAUGAAAGUAUAUUAUUUGUAGAAGUUAAAUAUUGUAAAUCUCUUGGAUCAUUUUUUUAUCCUAGUUCUAUUGGGAAUUCAUUGAUGCUGCAGUUCAAACUGAUAGAGAAUUUAAAUGCAUUAAAAAUAACAUGGGUUCUCAGAAAUAUAUCAAACCAAACUACAUGUAUAUCAAUGAUAAAAAGCUAAAAUAGAAACUUAAGUCAAUUUAUCUAAAAAGUGUGGGUAUGUAAGAAAAAAAUCCCUCCUAUUCAUAAAUCAUUAAUACUUCAAAACAUAAAAAAACAGUGAUAAGUUGAAAAGAGCAUGACCAACCUAUUAGGAAGAUGACCGUACCAAAAUGGUAACAUUUUAUGCCAUCUCAAGUUCAUUGUAAAUGAAAUAACUUGGACCUGCCCUUCUAAUAUGCUAGAGUGAGGUUGGUCAUUAUGAUCCUUAUUAAUUGAUCAUUUGGGCCAGUUUUAGAACCCAGGCAAUAAUUCAACAAAUGAGAAUUAAGAAACAGAAGCUGAAAAAAGCAUCAGACUUAACACUAGCAAGAUUAAUAAAUAGGUUCCAUGACAUUUGCUCUGGCGACAUUUGGUCUGAUGAAAAUUCCCCACAUUAAGCCAAACAUAAA